UCUGAGCAAGAGGAUUGGUCAUGGGACAAUCUCCCCGACAUCUUGUAUCAGCUCCAUCCCGUCGGGCCCAAGAGCAAGGCCAAGAUAGGAAUGAAAGCAUAUCCAAUCAAUGGAAAGUAUUUGAGAGAUAUUCCUGUUCUGCCUGACCAGAUUCCCACGGAUGUCGAGGAAUUUCGGGUGGAGGCUUGGAUCCGACUGGACCGCCGCAUUCGACUCGACGACAUCCUCGACAGAAUGCCAAGGGGUCACAGUGUUAAGCCCAACGCCCUUCAGCAGAGAGGCGGCCGAUUCCGUCAGGCGUUCUUCCUGUGUGCCUGGGACUCCGGAAACAAGAAGAGCAUUGCACUAGGUGCUGAAAUCGAGCAGAAGUUGGUUGCUGCAGGCAUCAGUCUCGGCCUGAACUCCACUCGUGGGAUCACUCCCGGCUUAAUCAACCCAGUUCUAGGAGAAGCUGGCGGCAGAAUUCCCCUUCCAGCAUUGUACCAGGGCAAGAAGCUGGCAAAGAAGAUCCCAAAAUACUCGCAAAGGAACAAAUCGGACAUCCAUAGGACUGACGUCCCAGUCUCAACGGCUACCAACACCAAGCAAGCUCCUGAGCUCGUUCUGAAGGAGCAUACAUGGAACGGUGAGUUUGGCCAGGCCAUUUGUUGUUUUCGCACCUUGACCGCAGACGUGCCUCGGGUCACAUUGCUAGCGUUGAGCUAA